CUCUUGUAUCAACUAAUUAACCCGCUGAAGCCGGAAGCUGAAAGCUGAAAAUCAAUCUGUGUCUAGAACUUUCUUGUGAUUCGUGCUGUGUAUGGCAGUUAGAUUAUUGUCAGGGCAUGAGGUAUCAGAUCUGUGUCUUGGGAAGCCAGCACUCAGGUCCCUUUCUAUCACCGACACCUUAGCUGACGCACUCUCCGCCCUAAAGAGGAUCGACGACACCUUCGUCUCCGUCUGGAACUGCAACCACUCCCUCGUCAGGUCGCACUUCCCUUCUCCUCCUCCUCCUCAAGAACGAUGUAAAGCCAAGGAGGACGAUUGCAGGUGUGUUGGUAGGCUUUGCAUGCUCGACAUCAUCUGUUACCUUUGCAAGCCGGAAAACCUCUCGGCUCCCGCCGCCGCGCUUCGUUCCCCAAUUUCCCUUCUUAUCACCGACCAUUCCGCUCUCGUCAGCCAUCUCGAGCCCAAUGCCAGCUUAUUGGAUGCUAUAGAUGCUAUGCAUGAGGGAGCACAGAACCUGGUGAUACCAAUUCAAAGCAGUAUCAGCUCAAGGAGAAAGUCCGUUGAAUCUUUGGACUCCAUUUUCCAUAAUAACAACCGCUCCUACUGCUGGGUCACCCAAGAGGAUGUGAUCCGCUACCUCCUCAAUGCAAUCGCGGCAUUUUCACCUACGCCGGCUAGCCCAAUCAACACUCUAAAUGUUAUUGACGAUCAAAACCUCUUUGCCGUCAACUAUGAUGACCCUGCAUCGUCUGCUUUAAACCUCCUCUCGUUGUCCCUAAUCCACCAAAGCUCUGUUGCAAUCGUUGAUCCGGAAGGCAAAUUCGUCGGGGAAAUCUCGCCGUUCAUGCUCAAUUCUUGCGAUGAGGCCGUUGCGCCGGCACUGGCCACGCUGUCAGCUGGGGACUUGAUGGCCUAUAUUGAUUGUGGUGGACCUCCGGAGGACCUUGUGCAGAUUGUGAAGGAGAGACUGGAAGAGCAGAAUCUUAGUGCGGCUUUGGAACUGCUUGGAGAUGAAGGGGGGCUUUCAUCUUGGUCAUCGUUUUGUUCAAGUUCAUCAGAGGAUGAUGCAUCUACCGGGAAGAAUUGGAAGCUUGGAGGGUACUCGGCGAGGGUAGUGAGGAGGUCAGAGGCCAUUGUUUGCUACCCGUGGAGCUCUCUGGUGGCUGUGAUGAUUCAGGCACUUUCACAUAGGGUCAGCUAUGUGUGGGUUGUGGAAGAUGAUGGAACCUUAACUGGGAUUGUUACCUUUGAGGGCAUGUUGAAAGUUUUCAGAGAACACCUCAAGUCCAUGUACCUCGGUCUCGUUGCUUUCUUCUCCUACUUCUUGUUACUAGAAAAGAUGUCUUCUCAUGUUUUUGAGUGGGUAGAUGAUACUGUCCUUAUGGAAGAAUUCUUUGUGGACACCGACUAUCUCUCUGAACUUUGUGUUCAUCAUAGGAUUUGUGUCUUAGAGGCGGAUGAGCCCAAGUACGAAUUGUUGGCCCCGGGUCUUGGAGACCAGAUGGUGAAGAGUGGGUCCAGUGCUUCCUACCGAAAAGUCCAGGAUGUCAAGAAAAGAGCUCGGGCUCGAGCUGAUGCUACUAGAGCUGCUGGCACUCCUCCUCCUCCUCCUCGUGAUUUGGGGACCUCCUCUCGUCCUAUUAUGGUAAUUUCUGGCUUUGCUUCUCCUCUUCCUCCUCAUCUCUCCCCUGUCCGACCUCCUUUCGAACCAGAAAAAAAAGAAACGUAA